AUGCGUACAUUCUCGUUCUUGGACUUACUUGCAGCUACACUUGUAGUAAAUGGUGCCGUGGUUUUCACGACUGCUAUUAACGAUGCGCAAGGAACUACUUUCUCGUUGCGGACAAAUUCUUUGAAUGACGCUCAAUAUGAAGAAAGAGCAAUUGGUAUCGGCUCUAGUGUUGAGUCUUCCGGAGCAGUCUCGACAUUUUCCAAAAAAGCAAAACGGCAAUUUCAAAUUGCGCUAUCGGACUCCGCUGUGCAGAAGGAAAUCAAGAAACUGAACAGUCGAGAAUUACCUGAUAUGUACAACCUCCUCGAUACUUUGCGCAAUUACGAUUUAAGCUGGGAUGGUGUAAUGGAUUUAGAAGAACUCGCAGUGAUCAACAAGAAUUUGAUUUCAUUUUACAAUAAACAGCAUUUUCUCAAAGAACAUUCUCCAAACGUACGGAAAGUUGAUUCCAAACUGGCCAUAGCCAUUGCGAAUCUCUUCGGUAAACCAAGAAAAACUACCUGA